GAUGACACCUAUCCCGAUGUAUAAAUCCACUUGAUUUCAGUGCACACGUGUAACCACCCUUAUCUAUUUGGUUUCAUGACUCAUGAUGCGUGUGAUCGAGGGAGACGAUCAGAGAAGAGACUUCUCUAAUGGCUACUGCCAUUCCUCCCCUUUAUGAGAGCGAUGGAGAGCCGUCGAAGAAGUGCCGAUAUCUGAUCGUGUGGCCCCACAAAGGCCGGACCAUCGACGUGCUCCACUUCUUGCUAUCGCCAGAUGGGCCCAGAGAGACCUCAUUCCUUGAGAGCUCGGAUGAGUUGGGCCCCAUCCCAGGGGACCAUAGAUGGGUGAUUGUUGUUUCGAUUAUCGUUCGGAGGAUCAUAGCGAUUUUCGGUAAGCCGACGGAGUGGACCGGGUUCUUGAUUGAGUACCUCUUGAAUUUGCUAGCAGAGAACGGUGAUCUGCUGGGGUUAGUGUACAAUAUACUCAGAGGGAAAGUUGUAAUGCCACAUAGAAAUUCAGAGACCUUCAUUAGCGCGAUUGGGCACUUAGACGGGCGAAUAGACCUCUACAAGGGUGGCUCACUGAGUGGACUCACCGGAGGAAUCGGUGAUGGGACGGGGAACAGGGCACUUAUGGACCUUUGCAUGAUGACCUCCAAAUUAGCCUAUGAAAAUGCUCUUGUGGUUAGAAACAUCGUUGUCCAUCAUUGGAAGAUGCAUUUCGUGGAGUUCUACAAUGGUUGGAAUGAUUUCGAAAAGGAUUACUCCACCCAAGUUUUCAUCCUUUGUGACAAGCCCAAAGAUGCUAGUCUAGUUUUGAUCAGCUUCCGGGGUACCGAGCCUUUUGACGCUGACGAUUGGAGCACCGACUUUGACUACUCUUGGUUUGAGAUCCCAGAACUAGGCAAGGUCCACAUGGGAUUCCUAGAGGCCCUAGGAUUGGGCAAUCGGGCCGAGGUUACCACCUUUCAGGAGCUCCUCCAGAUUGGAGAGGACACUUCAAAUGGCAGAAAACAGCCCCCUCAGAGUGCCAUGGCUUCUGACUCUCAAUCUGAUUCAAAGGACGAUGAGGAUGGUGUCCUACCAGAAAUGGCCAAGAUGACCGCGUACUAUGCGGUCAGGAGCAGGCUCAGGAUCCUACUCAACGAGCACAAGAAUGCGAAAUUCAUCGUGACGGGACACAGCUUGGGUGGGGCACUAGCGAUACUAUUCCCAGCAGUACUGCUGUUACACAAGGAGAAGGAGAUGAUGAAAAGGCUGUUGGGGGUGUAUACUUUCGGUCAGCCUAGAGUAGGGGACAGGCAGUUGGGGAGCUUCAUGGAAGCUCAUCUGAAUGUCCCAGUUCCAAGAUACUAUAGAUUGGUUUACAGCAAUGAUCUGGUGCCAAGAUUGCCAUAUGAUGACAAGACGUUCCUGUAUAAGCACUUUGGGCUGUGCCUCUACUACAACAGCUGCUACGUUGAGCAGAAUGUGGACGAGGAGCCAAACAGGAAUUACUUUGGGCUGCGAUACGUGAUUCCGGAUCACCUGAAUGCAGUUUGGGAAUUGAUCAGGAGCAUGACAAUGGGCUACACACAUGGCCCAGAAUACAAGGAGGGCUGGUUUUCGAUAUUUCUUAGGACUGUGGGGCUGGCAAUCCCCGGUCUUUCAGCACACAGUCCUACAGACUAUGUGAACUCUGUAAGGCUUGGAAGGCAACGAGUUCAGAUGUCCUCUAUCUAAAGCUUGUUUUUCUUGCAGCUAAACAAAGACUAAGAUGAACAUCAUCAGUGAAAACAAAGUAAGGUGAGAUACAAAAGCAGGAAUUGGAGUGUGCUGUUGACAGUGUCAACAGUAAGGGUUAAAGAAACUACACAUCUUCUUUUUUUUUUAUUUCCAAUUAUUUUGAUUUGACCAUUCAGAAUCUGUACUGGAUUGAGACCUCUCUCUUUCUUGGUAGACGCAAGUUUUUGGUGGAGUAGACAUCUUUCGUUUGUUAAAUGUGUCACUUGAUAAAAAUAGAUUAAACUAGUGAUAGAUAAUGAGUUGCAUUAUUAAUGUCGAAGAGUUACCAGAAUUUGCAGGAAGUAGAAGCGGGUGUGGGCAACAAGUAGAAAAUAAACUUUUAUUACCAUUAGUUUCGAGGAAGCAUGAGAUUCCAAAGCAAUAGCAGCACUUCAAGUUGAAUAUUGUGUAACUAUAAAGGUAUUUCCACCCCCCCUAAAAAUGUUGUUUCUGCCCUUAAAAGGGUAAUUAGUGAUGACUUAUUUCAUUUCUGGGGUGCUUUUAUUGUCUCUGUAAUUACCAAUUAGUGCUUGUGGGGUUGGGGCUAACAAUUUAAGGGGGCAGAGAUAUCAGUUCCCAGCUCAAGCCAUCAUCUCUAGCUUCUGUUGCUAAGAAAUAACUUCUACCAAUACCCCACCACUACACGUUGAUGAUCAUGAAGGGAGAAGGUUUAUUCAAUGCUCAAUACAAAUAGUUCAUGCCUUGUGUCAAUAUCGGAUAAAGAACUAUAAAUAGACAGAAAUGUAUGUUUUGUUGGAAAAAAGACCUUCCAAACUGAAUAGGAUCUUUUUGAAGUGGAAAGAAUUCUGCGGCACUCAUUUGUGAAUCUUGAAUUUGGAAUGUCAUGUCCAUCACCAUCCCUUGUCUUCUUCAUCAUUAUUUCCAGAUACCAAUCUUGUCCAAGUUAAAUUGAGCCUUCUAGUGGUGGCGAUGACCUCAAGUUCUAACAUUGAGGUCACAGAUUCCAACUUCACCCAUUACCUAUUAUGAAAAAAAAAAAAGAA